AUGCGCCCGAAAAGCCGGAAUGAUUUUGCGAUCGCGAUUAUCUGCGCCCUUCCCCUCGAGGCUGAUGCCGUCGAAGCCCUCUUUGAUGAAACAUACGAUCGGUUAGGCAAACACUAUGGCAAACAACCAGGCGAUGUGAACGCGUAUAUCAAUGGAAGAAUUGGCAAGCAUCAUGCGGUCCUGUGCUACUUGCCAGGCAUGGGAAAAGGAAGCGCCGCAAGUGUUGCCUCAAGCCUACGAGUCAGCUACACUGGCAUCCAGCUUGCUUUAGUUGUUGGCAUCUGCGGUGGUGCUCCACCACCACCAAAGUAUGAUGAAAUAUUUCUCGGUGAUAUUAUCAUCAGUGACACCGUGAUGGAAUACGACUUUGGCCGACAAUACCCCAGUGAUCGAGAAAUCCGGACUCUCCUUAAGAGCCUUCAGGCUUAUAAUUCCCACAUUGAAUUUCAGGACCAGGUACUCCAGUAUCUUCACACGCUUCAGCAAGCGGGGACAAGGUGGCAACAUCCAGAUGUUGAUGAUGUUCUUUUCAAGGCUUCUUAUCUUCACAAGCAUCAUGGGGAGACUUUUUCUGUUAAGUGCUGCUGUUUGGAGAGUAGUGUACCAGAUAGUAUUUGCCAUGAUGCCUUGGAGAAAAAUUGUGAAGAUCUCGGAUGUGACAAUGAUCAAGUGAUUCGUCGUCGAGAACCCAUCAAAGCAGCUAAUAUCUCUGUACAUAUUGGAACGGUCGGCUCGGCUGAUAAAGUGAUGAAAUCAGGACAACACCGUGAUGCCAUAAGCAGAAAGGAGGAGGUCAUUGGGUUUGAGAUGGAGGGGGCAGGAGUGUGGGAUAAUGCUCCAUGUGUUGUUAUUAAAGGUGUGUGUGACUAUGCAGACAGCCACAAGAGCAAAGCAUGGCAAGCAUAUGCAGCAGCAACUGGAGCCUCAGCGGCAAAAGCUUUCUUGGAGUACUGGAGGCCUGUAAACCAUGAAGAUGCAAGAAAAAACCGUCACUUAAUGAUUCCCUUUGGAAGAAAUCCACGGUUUGUCGGCCGCCAGGACGAAAUCAAUAAAUUAGAGGAUUUGAUGUCCAUGCCUGAUGGAGCAAAAAAGCUCGCCAUUACUGGGCUAGGGGGAGUUGGGAAGACACAGGUAGCUCUCGAGCUAGCUUACCGAAUGCAAGACAGAGAACCUGAAUGUUCAAUCUUCUGGAUCCCUUGCACCAGCUAUGAGGCUGUUGAGCAGGCCUACAUAGCAAUUGCACAGAUGGUAGGGAUCCAAGAUGCGAAGCCAGCAGAGAUGAAAAAUUGUAUCAAGGCUUACUUUAGCCAAAUGGAUGGGAAGUGGCUUUUGAUCUUUGACAACGCAGAUGAUUUGGACAUGUGGAUGGAAGACACCAGUACAACCUCAGCAUUAAAGGACACGCUUCCACAUAACACCCAGGGUUGUAUUAUUUUCACCACUCGUAAUCGAAAGUUAGCUGUGAAACUGGCAUCCUCUGAUGUGAUACAUGUUCGCGAACUCGAUGAAAGGACUGGUGUGGAGUUUCUGGAAAAAUCACUGAUUCAAGAAAACCUGCUUAACAAUCAUCAUGCUAUGAUUACCCUUCUUGAACAGCUUACCUUCCUUCCAUUAGCUGUUUCCCAAGCUGCAGCAUACAUGAACGAAAAUGGGGUAGGAGUGUCUGAUUACUUGCUGCUUCUUCAAGAACAGGAGGCAGAUGUUGUGGAACUACUAAGUGAGGAUUUUGGUGAUGAUGGACGCUACAAGGAUACCCAGAACCCAGUAGCCAUGACAUGGCUAAUCUCCUUUCAUCAGAUUCAGAAGCUUGAUAAACUUGCUUCUGACUAUUUAUCACGCAUGGCUUGUGUUGAUCCACGCAAUAUCCCAGAAUCCUUCCUUCCACGGCCGACAUCAAAAAAGAAAAUGAUUGAUGCUCUUGGGCUUCUAAGUGCCUACUCUUUCAUUACUAUUCAACCUGGAAAUGGGUCCAUAACUCUACAUCGCCUGGUGCAUCUGGCAACUCGGAACUGGAUGAAGAAGGCGGAUCAAUUUACACUUUAUAUAAGAAAAGCAGCAGGCCGAUUGAGCGAGACCUUCCCCAAUAACGAUCAUACCAACCGACAGCUUUGGAGGGAAUACCUGCCCCAUGCGCUAUUUUUAUUGGCGGCAAAUGAGUUUCAAGAACAUCAGGAGCACUAUAUUGACUACAUAGAGAAUGUGGGGACCUGCUUGGAUAGCGAUGGGAGGUACAAAGAAGCAGAAAAGCUGUUAGUGCAGGUGAUAAAGACCCGGAAACAUGUACUGGGGCCAGAGGAUUCUUCCACUCUGACCAGCGUGCACAACCUCGCAUUAACAUACCAGAAUCAAGGACGAUGGAAGGAGGCAGAAGAGCUAUACAUGCAGGUGAUAGAGAAAUGGAAGCAGGUGCUGGGUCCCGAGCAUCCUUCCACUCUAACCAGCAUGGCCAACCUCGCAUCAGCAUACUACAAUCAAGGACGAUGGAAGGAGGCAGAAGAGUUGUUCGUGCAGGUGAUGGAGACCCGGAAACAGGUUCUCGGGCCAGAGCAUCCUUCCACUCUAACCAGCAUGCACAACCUUGCCUAUACUUUGAAACAACGAGUAAAUAUCCCGGACGCCUUAGCUCUUAUUAAGAAAUGUGCAGACCUCCGCAACAAAUUAUUUAGCUCAGAUCAUCAAGCUGCCAUAUCCUCGUCCGAUGCCCUUAGUGACUGGGAAACAGCAGUGAGCCACCUAUCAGAAAACUAA